AUGUCUUUCAAUUACGUGAAAAACGCGGGAAAAUUCUUGUGCAUUGGUCGUAACUAUGUGGCCCAUAUCAAGGAGCUGAACAACAAGCAGCCCUCGCAGCCGUUCUUCUUCCUGAAGCCUUCCUCGUCUGUGCUGUUGCCAAAGCAAGGCCCCAUUCUCGUUCCAAAAGGUGUCUCAGUCCAUCAUGAGGUCGAGCUGGCUUUCGUUGUUGGAAAGGAGUUGAAGAACUUGGACCCAGAGACUUUCACCAAUGAGCAAGCUUUAGAUGCCAUUGACGGUUACGCACUUGCCAUUGAUCUCACCGCCAGAAACGUUCAGGAAGAGGCCAAGAAAGAGGGUCUUCCUUGGACCAUCGGUAAAGGAUUUGACACUUUUUUGCCAUUGUCGCCAUUUAUUCCAAAGUCCGCUAUUCCUGACCCCUACAAGGUCGACUUGAGCUUGAGUGUGAACGGCACAGUCAAGCAGAACGACUCUACAAACUUGAUGAUUUUCCCAAUCCACAAGAUCCUGUCCACCAUGUCUUCAGUAAUGACUAUACAAAAGGGCGAUGUCAUUUUGACUGGAACCCCCAAGGGUGUGAGUGCCAUUGUUCCUGGGGACAAAGUGACUGCUUCGCUAAGCUACGACGGAAAGCGCAUUGAAGAAGCCAAUCUUGAGUUUGACGUGGAGCAGAAGCCUGGUCCAUAUGCAUUCCAAGAAACGUGA